UGUUAGCGUGUCCAGUAUGCUAUCUCCCUGCUCAUAUGAUGAUGAUGAUAAUAAUAAUAAUGUAUCAUACGUUGUUGCUGCUGUCGGGCAGGACAGACUAUAGUGUGGCUGCUGCUGAUGUGGUGAUCUCAGGUGUCAGUAUGUAAUACAUGAAACCGGAUUCUAGGAACUGUUUACUUUUCCGUGGCAUGGUGAGGUCUAUAUUUGGAAAGGUGACAUGUAAGGGACGGGAUGUGCUAGGCAGGGGGCAGGGCUGUGGUGUGCCACUGCUAGCCCUGUGCAUUUUAUUCCCGACUACGUCCCAGCUUGUGUUGGUCUUCAGAGGAAAAGGCAGGAAGGAGGUGCACACCCAUUACUCACCCUGCUCAUGAAUCAGCAGCAGCAGCACGGGCGGGCAUUGCUCCUGGUAUGUGCUAGUGAGGCAGUGUUGUGUUGCUAGGAGACGGUAACUAAUAGAAGAUUAUUAUUUUCCCCUAGUCUAGUACUGAAUGAACCCAGUAACCCGCUCCAGUCGCCUGCAGGCGGUGUAGCACAGAGAGGAGGUAGGCAGGCAGGGCUCAGGGUUUGGGGAGGAGGAGUCUGAGCAUCGCUCCCCUCAGUAGCAGCAGCUCAGAUGUUUACAUACACCGGCUCACACUAUCACAGGAGCUGAGGAGGACUGCUGCCUUGUGCUAACCUGGGAGGACGUGUGAAGGUGAAGAAUGGCCGAGCCAGUGACUGUCACUACAGGACACCAGUGAGCACACUUCUUCAAGAACACUUCCAAAGGAAAAUCUGAUAUUACAUCAAAGACUAUAGAUAUAAGUGACAGAAAGGGAAUCAGCCAAUGGGCCCCAGGAGGACUGAUUUCAGAUUGAGCUGUGAACAUGUAUAUCUGACAGUGACAGAAGUCUAACUGGAAAAUAUUGCCAACAAUCCCAUGUGUUUAGCACCCAGCAGGAAAGAUGAGGUUGAAAUGGAACCUUCUGAUAGAGCGUUUCCUGCUUCUAUCAGACACCACAAGCCAGAACAAUCCCCCCAGGAGAGAGGAACCCCCAACCUGUACCUAUUUGCUGCAAUACUUGCCUGGCUAGUGACAGGAACUACCAUCUCCAGUCUUAACAAAUGGAUAUUUGCUGUGUACAACUUCAGGUACCCCUUGCUGCUGUCCUCACUUCACAUGCUCACUGCUAUCCUGUUGGACUAUCCCAUUCUCAGGUUUGGUUUGGUACAUGUACGCACUGAGGAAGGGCAGGCCCUGAACACCAGUGCUCGUCUCAAAGUGUUCCUCUUGAGUUUGACAUUCUGUUCCAGCAUCGCCUUUGGAAAUCUUGGACUUAGCUGCGUUCAGCUUUCCUUUGCACAAAUGAUUUACACAACAACACCUAUUUUCACCCUGGCUCUUUCUAAACUCUUCCUGGGCACCAAGCACCAUGCCCUUAAGUACACUGCCAUGGUACCCAUAUGUCUGGGAGCUUGCUUUAGUAUUAUUGGAGAGGUGCAGUACGAUCAGACAGGAUGCAUCUUCAUCUUUGCAUCAACGUUUCUCAGGGGACUGAAAUCUAUACAGCAAAGUUUACUCCUUAAAGAAGAAAACAUCCAUUCUGUUACCCUUCUUUACCUGAUGUCCAUCCCCAGUUUCUGUAUCUUGCUGGUGGCUGCAGUGCUGCUGGAGAGAGGUGUGGUGUGGGAGAGCCCACCUGACUGUGACAAUCGGCUUUGGCUCUUCAUCCUCCUCAGCUGCUUGGGAUCUGUUCUGUACAACCUAGCCAGCUUCUGUGUCAUCACACUGACCUCCGCUGUCACCAUACAUGUACUGGGCAACCUGAAUGUGGUUGGGAACCUUGUUCUAUCCAGAGUACUUUUUGGGAGUCAUCUGACAGUGCUUAGUUACAUGGGCAUUGGUCUCACCUUGGCAGGAAUGUGUAUGUAUCAUAACUGUGAAUUUAUAGCCAGGUACAUUGCCUCCAGGCAAUCUCUCCACGCCAAGAAAGACAGAUGAAGUCCGAGUGACCAGUUUUUGCCAAGAGGUUAAACAAUAAGCAGCAGAGCCGGCCCUAACCAAUAUGAUGCCCUAGGCAAGAUUUUGACUGGUGCCCCCUAGCACCACCGCUAGUUCCGCCUCUGAACCUGCACCCCUUUCCCAGCACCAUCACCCCCCACCCAAAGCAGUCCUUUUUUUUUGUUUUCCUACCCCCUGUAAUUUAAAUAAGAACAGUGUGCACAUUCGGCGCACAGCCCAAAAAGGUAUGUGUUUUUGCUGGCAAGGGGCAUGGCCACACAAUAGUACCCCCAAUUCAAAUUAUGCCUCACAGUAGUGCAACUUUAUUCACAAUUUAUCAUGCGAUAGUGUCCCUUAUUUACAUUACAUCACACAGUAGUACCACUUUACCUUAUAUACCUUACUCCUCACAGUGGUGCCCCUAAUUCACAUAACAUCAUACUGAAUUGCUCCUUAUUCACAUUACACCACACCAUAUUGCUCUUUAUUCUCAUUACACCACACCAUAUUGCUCCUUAUUCACAUUACACCUCACCAUAUUGCUCUUUAUUCACAUUAGACCACACAGUAGUGCCCUUUAUAUACGUUACGCCGUGGCCACACAGUAGAGCACCUAAUACACAUAAUGCCACACAUUGGUAAUGCAUUUAUAUACAUAAUACCACACAGUAAUGCCCCUUAAACAUAUGAUACACAUUAUUAAUAUCCUUAUAAACAUAAUGCGCCUUAUACAUUAUGCCAACCUUUAUUAAUGCCCUUAUACAUGUAAUGUCCCUUACACAUAUGCCGCACAUUAUUAAUGCCCUUAUACACAUAAUGACACACAUAGUGCCCCUUACUCAUAUGUUGCACAUUAUUAAUGCCCUUAUACACAUAAUGACACAUAUAGUUCCUGGCGUGAGUCAACUGGCAGCUCUGCUAAUGUCGGGUGCCUAUUUUUUAUGAAAAUGCAUCUUAUUUGCAUUGCUAUGUGGCUAGGACACACAAGCAGCUUCUGCUGAUUAAAAUGAUAUGCAGCAUGCCUAUAUACUGUGUGCGACUGUGGCUGUAUCUGCAUACGAAAUGCUACACACAGAAUAUAGGCAUGCCGCAUAUCAUUUUAAUCAGCAGAAGCUGCUGGUGCCCCUAGGCUUACCAGAUGCCCUAGGCAAUUGUCUAGUUUGCCUAUGCCUAGGGCCGGCUCUGAUAAGCAGAUUGAGGGCACUGCAGAAAAUAGAUUGUACAUCUAUUCGUAUUUGCUGAGUGAUCCAACACGAAGUGCUGGUGAAUACAUAAAGCCUUCACUGUCACAUUUGUAUAGGAAAAUCACUGUUCUGGAAUGAAGAUCUUAUCAGGACACUAGAAGAAUGCUUCGUGACUGAAUGUCUCCUUCAAGGAACAGUAUAUUAAUAUCAUUUUAGUUCCUCUUCUUAGUUCACUCUGAUUUUAGGAUAUUAUAUUUUCUUACCUGUACUUUCCGCCGUAGUCUCCAUUGUCGAAAAAUCAUGUUAUGCUUGAAACAACAGCCAAAAAUGAACCAGCAGACUGCUAAUGUGGCCAAGUAAACACUAUGGGAUUGAUGCAGAGUUGAACAUAUGCUGGUUUACGGAGCAUAUUGUGGGUGAAUGUUCACUGUAGAUGCUCAGAAACGGCCAUUACAGAGCUGUAUGCAUUUCAGCCACAUUUACACUUAUGACCAAAGAGACAGAAUGGAGAGCUCUCAUGUAAGAAUGGUGCAGAAGGGCCAUGUUCUCACAACUGCGGACUGUGCAGAUCUGGCUGCAAGGCAAAAUGUCUAUUCUGAGAAAAAUCUUUUGCACCUAGUAUAGGGGUGUGGUAUAGAAGAUCUACAAUGUGUAAGUCAACAGUCAUUAGGUUGACCCCAUAUGGUCGACAUGCAUUAGGUCGACACUGCCAAAAAGUCAACAUGGACAAAAGGUCGACCUGUUGAAGGUUGAUAGUUUCAAAAGGUCGACACGAGGAAUGAUCGACACAAUAAAAGGUAGCACUUUUAAUUUUUUGUAUCAUUUUCACCAGGAACCCCAUUUAGUGAACCACGUCCCCCUGUUUGGCUCGCUUCACUUGCAGGAUACUAUUCCCAAUUGUAGUCCACAUGGAUGGUAAAGUAUGAAAAAAGUGUAAAAGAUGCAAAAAUAGGAUUUUAAUUACCUAUUGGUAAAUAAUUUUCUCGUAGUCCGUAGAGGAUACUGGGGUCAAUUUAGUACCAUGGGGUAUAGACGGGUCCUCUAGGAGCCAUGGGCACUUUAAGAAUUUGGUAGUGUGGGCUUGCUCCUCCCUCUAUGCCCCUCCUACCAGACUCAGUCUAGGAAACUGUGCCCGAGGAGACGGACAUACUUUGAGAGAAGGAUAGAUAAGGAUAGUGGUGAGAUUCCGAACCAGCACACAAUAAGAGGAAAGCCAAGCUAACCAAACUUGAAACAGGAACAGCAACAGCUGAACCAACAUUACUUAACCAAGUAAUAGUGCAGGAAGAACGAAGCACUGGGCGGGUCCCCAGUAUCCUCUACGGACUACGAGAAAAGGAUUUACCUGUAGGUAAUUAAAAUCCUAUUUUCUCUUAUGUCCUAGAGGAUACUGGGGUCCAUUUAGUACCAUGGGAAAGUACCAAAGCUCCCAAACCGGGUGGGAGAGUGCUGAGGUUCCUGCAGAACUGAUUGACCAAACUGAAGGUCCUCAGAGGCCAAAGUAUCGAACUUAUAGAACUUAGCAAACGUGUUCGAACCUGACCAAGUAGCUGCUCGGCAGAGCUGUAAAGCCGAGACACCCCGGGCAGCCGCCCAGGAAGAACCCACCGAUCUAGUAGAGUGGGCCUGUACAGAUUUUGGACAAGGCAAACUUGCUGUGGAAUAAGCAUGCUAGAUAGUAAGUCUGAUCCAGCGAGCAAUUGCCUGCUUUGAAACAGGACACCCAAUCUUAUUGGGAUCAUAAAAAGCAAAUAGCGAGUCCGUCUUUCUGUGACGAGCAGUUCUUUUCACAUACACCUUCAAAGCCCUCACGACAUCCAAAGACCUUGAAGUAGCAGAGGUGUCGUGACAACCGGAACCACAAUAGGUUGGUUGAUGUGAAACGCCGACACCACCUUAGGAAGAAAUUGCUGACGAGUUCUGAGUUCCAGAAUGGGUACUGUGUGCAGUGCAUGGGGACGUAGUUGUGAUGCAUUCCGCCCCGUUUAGAAGCCGUGCGUCUCCGUACCUUCAUGCCGCCAUAAUGAGCAGGGCCUCGCUAGACAGGACGCCGUCUCAGUAAUCACAACUCUUCAUUCUUCUGGCUCUGUUAGGGGUGGCGGCGUGCUGCAGGACUGUACGCUCGCCGUGAUGGGCUUGCGAAUAGGUCCCUCAGGAGCUCAGUGUCCUGUCAGCGGGGAACGGGACCAUUAACCCUUCAAGAGGUUGGGCCGUUUCCCCCCCCUAAGUCCCACGAAGCAGACAGGCUGGUGCCAUCCAGCCCUGCCUGAAAAUAACAAACAUAAAAUAAAUGCAGAAAACUCUUCAGAAGCUUUCUUCAGCGUGACCGGCUCCUCCGGGCACAUUUUCUAAACUGAGUCUGGUAGGAGGGGCAUAGAGGGAGGAGCCAGCCCACACUAUCAAAUUCUUAAAGUGCCCACGGCUCCUAGUGGACCCGUCUAUACCCCAUGGUACUAAAUGGACCCCAGUAUCAUCUAGGACGUAAGAGGAAAAAAAACUUAAAAAGUUGUCGACUAUAUAUCUGUUGAAAAUUACCAUUUGAACCUGUCAACUUUUUGUAUCUGUCGACCUUUUUCCAGUGUUGACCUUUCAUAUGUAGACCUUUUGUCAGUGUCGGCCUAAUGCAUGUCGACCAUAUGGGGUCAAUCUAGACAUUGUCUGUCUAUACAGUGGAACCCCUAGUGUAGGACAGAUGCUCACUGCUAGUAGCAAACUAGGCGCAGAUGCUAUCUACUAUCUAACAUGCAUAGAAGGACAAAUAAAACCAUUUCUCCGUGUACGCUUCUUUUGAGAUAUGUACAAUACUCAUUUACUCCCAGCUCUGCAUCAGGCCCUGUGUGUUGUCAUCAGAAUAAUAUACAUAUGUCACCAUGUAUGGGAUUAUGUAAUAAUAAUGAAAAGUCCUAGGGCCACAGAUGUUAUCUGCCAGCGACAGUUUGUGUCGAGCAUGUAUCAGCCAGAUACGGUAGGCUGAUUCUAUUUGUACCUCUACAGAGUUGGCAGAAUUAGCCUUCCAUGACAUAACACAACUAGCCGUUCUGGCGGGUCCCGCAGUUACUCCAAUUGGCCCCUUAAUGUCCACCUUAUAAAUGCCAUAGAUGUAUCCCUCACUAAGGCCUUGUUACUCCAUUUAAAUUGGAUAUAACAAAUAAGCAAUAUAUGAACAUGGGCGUUGUGAAUACUGUUAUCAUACUGCACUAUAGCACAAGAAAAAGCACAAUACACAAUUAAACACAGCUCCUGUUCUCUACAGCAUAAUUCUAGAAGUAAUAUUAAUGCAUAGCUGACACAUGGGUAGUACUAUAAAGACGAUGCCUCCUGAUAACAUAUGGUUUCUGUGAGCCUAGCACCUAUGCUAUUUCUCAUUUCAUGCAUCAAACAAUACUGUCAAACAAUACUUUUCACUUGUGAGAUUGAAGAAUAUGUAAUAUUAAAUGUAUAUGGAGCUUUCAUGCCAGCUGGAGGCUAUGAUUUUCAGUGCCUGUUUCUUCAGUCGGUCCUUACCAACAGUGUACAAUCUGUGUAUCUCCUCAUGGAAGUAAAGGUAAUUGCAUGACGCUGGUUGAAUCAGUAUUGUAAUCCACCUGCUGUGCCACGUAAGCAGAUCAGCAAAAUGUGCACAGAUAUUGUGGACAGAUUUAGGUCCUGUUCAGAGGUGGAUGCAGUUCAGCUUUUUAUUUUUGUACUGCGUUUGCGCCUGAGUUGUGCCGCGCAUGCGCCUGAGUUGUACUAUGCAUAUGCCUGAGUUGUACUGCGCAUGCGCAUCAGUUGUACUGCACAUACAUCUGAGUUGUACGGCGCAUACGUCUGAGUUAUAGUGCACGUGCACCUGAGCUGUACUGCACAUACAUCUGACUUGUACGGUGCAUACGUCUGAGCUGUACUGUGCAUACAUUUGAGUUGUACUGCACAUACGUCUGAGUUGUACUGUGCAUACAUCUGAGUUGUACGGCGCAUAUGUCUGAGUUGUAGUGUGCAUACAUCUGAGUUGUACGGCGCAUACGUCUGAGUUGUACUGUGCAUACAUCUGAGUUGUACGGCGCAUAUGUCUGAGUUGUACUGUGCAUACAUCUGAGUUGUACGGCGCAUACGUCUGAGUUGUACUGUGCAUACAUCUGAGUUGUACGGCGCAUAUGUCUGAGUUGUAGUGUGCAUACAUCUGAGUUGUACGGCGCAUAUGUCUGAGUUGUAGUGCGUGUGUUCGUCUGAGCUGUACUGUGCAUACAUCUUUGUUGUACUGCACAUGCUUCUGAGUUGUACUGUGCAUACGUUGCGGUUGAUUACCAAACUGCGGACGCAUUGAAAAUUUGGAUGCAGAGUGAUUGACAGCGUGCAUUUAUGGGGGGUAACUCUGUACAAGCUACAACGGCUGCGGCUUUAACAUAUUUUUGCAGCGUAACUGCGUUCCCCUCUGAAUCAUGCCCUUAAUCUUUAUUAGAUCAUAUUCAACUCUAAUACAUAUUAUGAUAACAUCAUAGUUUCCAACUGGAGUAACUCCAGUUACAAGUCCUCAGUGUAGACUGAAGAAUAAGAUAUUAUAUGAAGCAUAUAUUCUGUGGUGGAUCUGGUAGAUUAUAUAACAUACAAGUAACAUAAUAGUAGAAUUCAUUUCUCCAUAAACACCUCCAGAGCGGUGAGGAAAGCACUCUGUGGCAAUGUAUGUGGCAAUGUGGCUCAUAUUUCCUUGGGCCCCAUAGAGAAGUGCAGGAAGUCACUGAUAAUUGAAUCUGAUCCUAAUCCCCAAAUUCAGUUAAGUGUGAGGUUCCGCUGCAGCCGCACGUGAUGUGCUUCCAGGUAUUUUAUUGUACUGUGAACAUAGCUUACAGUCAAUGGUACAGUACUAUAACAUUAACAUCCUAUAGAGAACAUCAUGCAAGGCUCAUAUGGCACUUUGUGCUUAAUUCCCCAAUAGUCUAAAGCCGGCUACACACUGGAGCGAUGUGUACCCGGCCAACAUCGCAGGCGAUGGGAUUCUGCACCAGCAAGUGCAUACACACUUGCCAAUGCAUUAAGGAAAGAGGGGGGGGGGGGAUGCAGCAUGGCAUCGCUAGUAAUGUCUUCUGAAUGACCCUGCAGUUGGGCCGACCAGAAGACAUCGCUAACAGCAGAGGAGGCGCACAGAUUGGGCGUACACACUAGACGAUUUGGCCAAUAUAUCGUUCCAAUCCGCGUCAGAACAAUAUAUAGGGCAGGAUGUCGUGUACUGUAUACCCGGCUUAAGUAAACAGCCCAAUCUCCUCCACAGUCUAAGCAAACAGCACAUUUACACACUUCCAUGCACAUGAAUAGUGAGCUGUAUUCAGUAGCGUGCCUAUUCAUACCUGUGAAUGGGAAGCCCUUCUGUGGUCAGCACAAUGAGCAUUCGGUGCUAUGUAAAUGUCAUAGUCCUACUAGCACUCUGUUGUAGUAGUCUAUAUUAUGCUGGUCAUCAAGGUACAAACUUUAAAAACUGUGAGUAUUCUAGAAAAACAAUUGUAUGUUUUGUGAUUAAGUGUCCUGGUGGAAUUGAAGUUACUGUAGGUUAGUUUUAUCUAAUCAGUAUUACUGUACUUUGUGGCACACUUUAUUGCAGUUCUAAUAUACUGUCUCCUCUCUAUUAUGCAGUAACUCUUAUUUAUCAUAUACAUUUUACAUAAUUUUGUCUGAAAAUAUAUCUUAUACAUAUACAUGUUUACGAAAAUAUGCUUCGUUAGCCCUGUAAUCUAUGUUCAUUAUUUUAUAUUUGAACAGGCUGUUCAGGUCGGAGAUCUGUUACCUGGAAAGUUAAAAUGUCAAAACUAAGAAGGGAACAAAUAAUUGCUGCUGUUUUGUGAUUUUGUCAUUUACAUAUAAAUGAUUAUUGUUUAUUCUUACAAGUAAUAUGGGGAGGUCUGCUAUUCAUUUUUAUACAGGAAGGUACAGUAGUGGCAGGAACAGCGUGUGGUAAAACACGGGUAACUUUUAAAUGUAUUUUGAAACUUUGAUAUUGCAAAAAAAAAAAAAAAAAAGUUUCCAGUAAUACUAAUAGAUUCUAUACUUAAAUAGAUCAUUGCAUAUUAUAGUCAUGUCCAAGUUUGCGCCAUAACAGAUUUAUUUCAGUAAGUUUAAAAUGCAAUUAUUUUCUGCUUUCAUAGAUAGAAUGUUUCACUGAACCGCAAAUACAUAACAUAAAGGCAAAUGGAGGCUACAGUCCUUUACAAUGAAAAGAAUCAAUACUGUGUGGAAAGAUCAGGGUAAGGAUUCUGUCUCCAGUUGUAGAUGGGUGCACUUUCACACAUCAGUCAAUUAGUAACACACCAGUACAUGGGCCUUGGGACAAAUAGCCGCAACUAGUUUUAUUUGCAUCACAAAGAUAAAUAAAAGCCUUGCUUGUCGGUCUCUAACUAAACAAAAUAAUUCACUCUCUCAAAGUGGAAAGACCUAACCCUUCUCACAAAAAGGUAGUAUUAGCAUAGUACUUACAGCCAGUAAUCACUGUCCUGCUGCCUGCUCCCCAGAUAGUGAGACGGAGACUAGCAACAUAUUUAUAAUUUAUUAUUAUCCUUUAUUUAAAUGGCGCCACAAGGGAUCUGCAACGCCCAUUACACAGUACAUAAUCAAAUGAGCCAACAAGAAAACAGCACUUACAGUUCAAGACAAUAUAGGACAGGUAUGGAAAACCAGGAGUUAGGUGCCAUGAAAGGGAGUAUGGAGUAUAAGUGUAAGUAAGAAAAGGAAAGGCACGUGAGGAAAGAAGUCCCUGCUCUUGCGAGCUUACAAUCUAAAAGGUGAGGGGCUGACAGACCGGGGUUACACAGAAGGGGUAGACAGUAUAGACAAGAGGGUUAGGAGGAGAGUUGGCUGGGUUUGGUGAAGAAGUGGGUCUUGAGAGCUCGUUUGAAGUUUUAUAGAGAGGUGGAGAGCCGGAUGGGGAGAGGUAGAGAAUUCCAGAGAUAGGGAGCAGCACGUGCAAAAUCUUGUAGGUAAGAGUGGGAGGAGGUAAUCAGUUGACAUACUCACAUAUCAGUAUAUCAGCUUCUCACAGGUGCUCUGACAAUCAAUGUUACCAGUUAGUUUCUGUCCACAGGUUUGUUGGGUUUUUUUCAGAAACACUUUUACACCAAAUGUUGACCCGACAAAAACCCCUGGUUAUUUGUUUUGUGGAAAAGGGGUAUUUGAGAGGUGAUAUCUUCCACAGCCAGUAAUACCGCUUUUACACCAAAAUCCCGAAUCUGACCCAAGAUUUGGAACACGGUUCCAAGCCGGGUCAGACCCGGGACUCCCCCCUUUUACACCGCAGUGCCAAUCCGGCACUGUUUACACUGCACACGGGUGCAGUGUCUUUUGAGCCGGCGCUUAGAGAGGACGUCAUCUCCAAGUGCCAGGAAACCCGGCAGAUCGUGACUCUGGUGCGUCACACUGGGGGCAAGCCCAGCAAUCUGGAAGCUGCUGUGCUGCAUCCAGCCUCUGGCGAUGCCGGGCACCCAACAUGGCACUACUGCACCGUGUCCCCAGCCUCAGGUACUGCAUGGCAACCAGCACGGCGCUGCUGUCUACAUAUCGUGCGCCGUGACCACAGCCUCUCGACCGCCCGCCGGACACUGUGGUUCGGGAGGUCUGCCAUGCUGUAAAUAGGUACUGGGUCGGAUAACUUACCUUGUCCAUUUACACUGCCUCCUACACGGAUCUUACCCGUGUGUAAUAGCCAGGUUGGAUUUCUGGGAAAAUGGACCCUGGGUUUUGGAGAGGGAACCCUUUUACACCACCUGCAAUCAUGCAGUAUAAAAGCGGAUAUACCAUGUGGUAUAAAAGGGGUAUAACUAAGUGCAGUCAGUUAUGACAUCUAGGCGAGCACGUCAAAUGUCAUAAUAUAAUAUACAAUUUAAGAAAUGGUCUUGAUACAGUAUUUGCACUAUAUAAUUCUAGAAUUCAUGGAAGUAAAGUUCUUGCAGCAGAUCACUCGAGUGUGGUUUGUUUGAAUUGGAAGUUAGUGGAAAAAUGCCUAAUGAGUCAAUGUUCAUGUCUCUGCUCAUUAUUGUUUAAUUUUUAUUUAUAUUAUCAGCAGAUGGAACGUACUGAAAAUUACAGAACAUAACGCUAACAAGUAUAAAAUCAGUACAAAGUACACAAUAAUGAGUACUCAGUGCAAUUUUUUGAAAUGAUUUAUCUGUCUUCAUAUGGGAAGAUUCAAAUGAUCAUUGCUAAACAUAACAUUAAUCUUGCAUGCUGAUUUCACAAUCACUUUAUAGUUUUCAGUGUGUUCUGAGAAGAGGGUUCUGAAGUACAGGAGUGUGUGUGGCUGACACAUUUCUCCACCUGCAUAAAAGGUAUGUUGUACAAUUUAACAAAUAAAAUAUUAACUUUUUGAGGCACAGGAUACUGCAAGAUGUACCAUGUAUGCAACUUCAAAAGUAAUACGGCAAAAGAAGUGAAUAUAAGUUUCUACACCCAUGUGAUCUUGUAUGUCUUCUGUAAGGUAUAAAAAAGAAAAAACAAAUAAAUAAAUACAAAUGUUUUUA